AAACUCACAAGCCCUCGUCUCGGCAAGAGACGGAGUGGGGGAAAAGCUUGUGGGGAAGAUCCAACCUUUUUGGGCAGAUCAAGUGGGGGAAAGUCGGGGACUAAAAGAACGCGCACCUGCCGCCAAUCGUCAUUUGAAUGCUUCGUCUUCUUGUACCCAACGAAUGCGAUCCAUUGGUCAAUGAAAUUGCCAGUCAGUCAGUUCCUGAUUCUGCGCCAAUAGAACAGCUUGGUUCUGCUGAGCAAGACAAUCUGACCUCUGCCCCUCAAGUCCGAAUCCUACCCAUGGCCCCAUUGACUCUUGUCGGGGAAAUUCAUUUCCUUCCAGGAAGGAGACUUUCGAUUCUUCGAAGCAGCAUCUUCCGCGCUAGUCUUCCGACAUUUGACGGGCAGACUCAUGUAGCAAAGAUCGACAUGAACAAACGUGUCAAAGUCCACUUGAAUAAUUGUCUGACCAGCCGCUAUAUUGAUCCGAAGAGCAAUGGUGUAGCUACCGACCAAGCAGUUUGGCAUAGAGCGGUCCGGAUAAAAGAAACGGUCGUAGCGAAAAUAAGACACGCGACAGCCGAGGUAGUGACGACAUCGACGAUGGUCGGGUUGAUUUCUUUUCUGAUCGUGAGAAUCGGGAGAUGAUAAUUGUUACCUGCAUGAGAAUUGGCCCCAUGCUGCGGUCGCUAGCAUUGAGAUGAUACGUUUCAAGUAAUGAUCACCGCAUUAGGCAGGUAUCAAAUGUCCGGAGAGGGAAGAGGUCCGCGCCGUCUCAGGCAUCAGUAUCCAUGUCCUGCUCAGUGGACGGAAAGCACGAUAGCUUUUCUGGGCUAACACGGACCGAGUGGGUGCAUCGUCCUCUACGUCUGAAGAAAACUCAUACAACGGGGUGUUGCGGU